AAAAACCCAACCCUAUACUUUGUCAGUGGUAACAGUAACAGAAGUAUCAUCACUUCCUCUGCUAAACUUGUCACUGGACGACAGACAGUACAGUAGCGGCGUUACUAGGCAACAGCGCUUUCGGUGCUAUAUAGGAGUGCAGAGGAGCCCGUGCGCCAAAGCAGGAGGACGCACGGAAGGGAAGAGACAGCAGCAGAGACAGUCCUGUAUCGGCAGACAGCGCUAUGGAAUACUGUUAAGAUCCAAAGGGUGAAGAAUCGGUGCGCGCCAGUGUAGCUCGUGCGUAAAAGGCUCAAAUAAUUUGGCUUUUUGUAGCUCCAUUUCGAUCCUUCGCGCAAAGUAUAACUUGUUACCGUCGUCGGCGACGCGUGUCCCACCGAGUUCCACUGCUGUUUGGCAUCAUGAAGUUGCUGCUUUUGCCAGUUUUUAUUUUGUUUUUCACCGUCGGCCAAGUUUUCUGCGGAAACGACUUUAAUGAAGAGGCGGACUACUGGACAAGCACGAACCAGAUUCAGGACGGCUUGCUCUCCAAUGACCCUUUAAGAGAAAUCCUACUGAGGAUGACGAGAAAGCCGCGACCACACCAGUUCAUCGGCCUGAUGGGAAAGCGAUCCAUGGCAAACUCACAGAUCACCCGCAAAAGGCAUCUCGUCAAUUCUUUUGUUGGGCUGAUGGGAAAAAGAAGUCAAGAAGAACCAAACUCAUACGAGUGGAGCACAAUACAGAUGUACGACAAGCGCCGCUAGCCAGCGGAGUCGUCGCCUGCCUUGCUUUUUAUCCAGCCAUUUCUCAUCCGUGGGAUGGAGCGUCUGCUGUCCUCCACACUCUGUAUAGCUGUUGGUUGAAUAAAAAAAAAAAGAUUCUGUUUCCACAUUGUAGUAAUGUAGCAGUGCUGUACCCGUGCCAGUCUCAUUUGUGCCAGAUGAAAGCUACCGGGGUGGGGGGAGUGGAAGUUUAUGAUCAGCAUAAGUGCUUUCUGUCUGGCCUUUCAUUCGGCCGUACGUCGUGCCACAAAGACUAUUUGUAGAUUAAACCAUCAAAGCAAGGCUAACACACCAGGGCUAUGCUGUAAAAAAUGCACUGCCAAAGUCACUGUACGGUGCCUCAUGAUUGUUCACCGAUUGUUUCUGCUCGCACCAACAUACAGGGACGGGUUCCCAUUUAUGCUUCUCAGUUGUUUUCGGAGAAGCUGUUUUGUGUUUUCGGACGUGGUUUAUUAUGAGAUGUACGUGUGUGUGUGUGUGUGUUUUAGUGUUUUGGACGAUAUUAAAAUUAUUUUCUUUACUGGUUCAUUUGCAGCACGGAAGUCCUACAUUUCUUGACGUCACAGCAAAGACGGCGCUGAACAGCGUUCAGCACGUUAGCAAAAUGCUGCACAAAACAAAACCAGCUAGUCCCGCAAUAAUAAACUAUGCCAAGGUUUUUUUUUAGCCCUAUUGGAGAAAAAGGAAGUGAAUGCAAGUUACAAUACAUGAGGACAUACCUCGGAACAAAAGAGAAGGCCAUCCCGAGGAUGUCGCA